UAAAGCUCCUUUUUAAUUUUAAUUUUAAUUUUUUAUUUUAUAAAAAAAUGACUUUCUCUCUCUUACUUUACUCUUUCUCAAUCACCCACACGAUUUCAUCCUUCCAAUUUCUUCUUCCCUCCUCAUUCUCAUCUAACAAUCUUCCCUUUCUUCUCUGAACAAUCGCUGCCACCACCACCACCAUCGUCCCUCGUGCCCAGCCCGUGCCCGCCGUCACCGUCGUCACUCCUCACUUUCUUCAAACACUGUUAUGCUUGCCACCACCGUCGGGAGUCCUUUUCUUCAACCAUGUUCACGUCCAGCCCUCGCCACCACCGUCGCCGUCACUACAACAAAUAUACCUUUUAAUAACACCCAACCACAACAUAUUUUAUAAUACGCUUAGACAGAGAAGAGAAUGGCACGAACGGAUCUUGGUCGGAGAAGAGCGAUUUGCCUAACACCCGAAUGGUUCAAACGAAAUAGACAGACUUCGCGAUGGAGAUUUAAGAUACGGACGGAGGAAAUGCUGACGUUUCAGCUAUACGAUGACAGGCAAAUAGAGAGACGAAGAUGACGAGUAGCAGAGGAGGUGGUGCGCGUCGGAGAGGUGUUAACGGUGAUUGAAAGAUGGCCAGUGACUAGGGUUUGGUGUGGGAGAAAGUUGGGGAUUCGAAGAGCUAAUUCCUUCAUACUUCUAAUUCCCUUUACCGGAUCGCCGACAAAAGAGGCUGGUAUUUCAGGUUUGUACUGCCAAAAUGAACUUGGGUGAUGAGGUGGAUCUUGAGGAUUAUGUUUCUCGCCCAGACAAAAUCCGUGCUGCUGAGUGAGGAGAAUGUUUAUUUUCUAUGCAAGAAAUUAUGUACAAACAGAUUGGCUGAUGCAGGGGGAGCUGAUCUUUUUGUUGUUUUCAUUUCUCUGGUUCUCACGAAUGGCACUGAAGUUAAGCUACAGAGAAACGCCCUCAGUGUAAUUGAAGCACCAACCGGCAAUGAGGAUGACGAUGAUCUCGAAUUCGAGAACUUACACCGGACUGGAUCCGCGAGAUGGAUGGCUUCAGUGAUUGCUGCAAAUCUUUUAACAAGCAUAAAACUCAUAGAUUUGUUAUGCGUUGUAGUGACGUGGGUGUUUUCUAUUAUAAAACUUUAUGCUAGAUUUGCAAGACAUCACAAAAGCAAGAAAGAUACCGAAGCGUGCUUUGCCUAUUAUUUGCUUUAGAGAAGUCAGCCCCCUAUUGUCGGAUGCUUCAAACACUUCCAUUAUAGAUUCAGAUAAUUGAAGUGAUAUCGGGUUGAAAGCUAAGCGAUUGUGUAGAAAUGGUCAAGCGACCGUUGAAAAUUGAAGACUGAGAAGGCAUUUAGGAUUUUUAAUUAUUUAAUUCUUGUAUUAGAA